AUGUCGACAAAGGACCCCCGCUCAGAGCCCACACGGGGGUACGAGGGCCCAGGGCAGACGCCCACUGUGCUGGUGGACGUGCAGGAGACGGAGCCCGUGAUGCAGGAGGAGAUCUUUGGGCCCAUCCUGCCCCUGGUGACCGUGAGGAGCCUGGAUGAAGCCAUCGACUUCAUCAACCGGAGGGAGAAGCCCCUGGCCCUGUACGCCUUCUCCAACAGCUCCCAGGUGGUGAACCAGGUCCUGGAGGGGACCAGCAGCGGCAACUUUGGUGGCAACGAUGGCUUCAUCUACAUGACUCUGCCAUCCCUGCCGCUGGGUGGAGUGGGCCACAGCGGGAUGGGCAGGUACCACGGGAAGUUCUCCUUCGACACCUUCUCGCACCACCGCGCCUGCGUGCUGGCCCCCUCGGGCCUGGAGCAGCUCAACGGGAUCCGCUACCCGCCCUACGGCCACUGGAGCCAGAAGCUGAUACAGUGGGCCCUGGACUCGCAGAGCUGCACCCUCCUCUGA